CGCGUCGCGAGCGCGUCUCCAAACUUAACAAAAACAUGCUCCAAAACGAGCCAUUGUUCUAUGGAGGAGAAGAUUCCUUUCGCCUUGCGUUUGCGUACUCAAUUGUAAAAUGCAAACCUCGUUCGUUGACUAUUCCAGAGUUCAUAGAAAAGUUACAAAGUCGAUGGAACACGAAAAAACAAGUUAAUGAACCUCGAGAACAAGAACAGGUGCAUCAGCAGAGAAAAGCAAUGGCCAUCUGUAACGUUGUUGAUAUUAUAGACAUAAAAGACAAAAGACAAGAGGAAUUGGCCGAGAAUCUUGACGAGCUCCAAUUACAAUGGAUUGAGAAAUACUUUGAAAAAUGUCGGAGAACGCUUCAAGUGAACCAUGUAAUUCGAACCUUUUGCGCGUUGGAUCGUUUUUUAAGCAAUUUCGGCAACCCAAAGAUGAUUGAACUGGAGGACGAAGGAAGCGAUCAGCUAGUCGCUCGUGCAACACAGAGUAUUUCAGAUAUAUUCUUACAUUUGAGAUUCCCCAAGAAUACUCUCGUAGGAGAUAAGCUAGCUGAAACAGCCAUGGGUGUGAUUGACCUAUUGCUUCCAAUGCACAAACAUAUGGUGCAACAGGCAAACUUUGGGAAAUCAACCAAACCUUACGUGAACCGAUUAAACAUGUAUAAACACAUACUACAAAACAUUCUCAUAUUCCUUAAUGAGAACUCUCCUGCUCUGGCAAAAAUAUUGCAGUACAUCACACAGUGUAUUCACAAUUGCUACGAAAAAUGCACACAAGAAGCAGACAUUGACACCCGGCUAUACCUAAAUGAAGCAUUCCUCUCUUUUUCCGACAUUUUGUUUCCUUGCAUGCAUUCCAAUGACGCCCAAGUCGCCAAUGUUGCCAAACAAUUCAGCGACGAACUCGGUAAUCUUCUUACGAUUAACAAUCCACUUUCUGGAAUCAUUUCCUUUGGACUAAAGGAAAUGUUAGAUGGAUGAAAUAGCAGGAAAAUAACACGAGUAAGCAGCAAAACUUUUGGACUCGCAAUCGACCAUUUAAUCUUGGAUCUUACUUCUUGUUUCAAGCCUCGUCCGUCAUUAUCUAGCCAUCACUAGUCGUUAAUCCUUGCAUCGUUAACGUUAUUUAUAAAAGGGGUCACCAGACUUGUAAGACCUCUUAUUUCAAAAGUUCUUCCCACGAAUCACAUUUUUUCGUCAUAAACGGUUUUCGCACUAAUGAGCAUUUUAAACUGAUUUCAUCAUCUGUUCGUCCAAUACCGCUUAAGCAAUUUUCGUUUUUGUCAAAACACUAUUUUUUUUGCUCGUUCUAUUGUGGUCUGGUCUUUUUUCGGCUUACAUAAUAAUCGUUGGAUUGCUGGCUGACGAUUUUGUACUCGAUUUAUACAGUGGUCAAUAACAACAUAC